AUGACAUCAACCAAAACAACUGUUGUGAUAAUUGGUGCUUCCUUUGCCGGGGCACCAAUUGCGCAUUCUCUCCUCAAAGAUGUCUCAACGGUGAAGGUUAUUCUGAUCAAUCCCUCUCCGACAUUCUACUUUUCCAUUGCCGGCCCCCGAAUCAUGGCGAAACCCACAGCCUUCCGACCAGAGCAAUACUUGAUCCCAAUUGAGUCGGCAUUCAAAAAGUAUCCUUCAGAAUCUUUUGAGUUCGUUCAGGGACGGGUAACAGCCAUUAAUCCGGAAGAUAAAUCCGUCAUGGUUGACGGUCAAACGAGCAUCCAAUUUGACUAUCUCGUCAUUGCCGCGGGGAGUACCACCCCAUCAACGACUCGCAGUGACGUCCCCAUCCCCUUCAAGCAGUCCAACGCCGAUAAUAUGGUAACGCUCAUCCAGAACGCGCAACAGGCUAUCUCAUCAGCAUCGCAGAUUGUCAUAGCCGGUGCAGGCCCCAUCGGUGUUGAACUCGCCGGGGAAAUCGCCGAAGCCGCGCAAGAACAGGGGAAAUCAGUAAAGAUUACUCUCGUCUCUGCUUCGGACCGCGUAUUACCGAUGCUCAAGACGUCAGGCAGUAAAGCUGCGGAAAGCCUGCUUACCCAGAAAAAUGUGACGAUCAUCACGUCGCAAGCAGUCACAGACGCGGUUCUGUCCACCAACGGGACGUGGAACUUAUUUCUCAGUAACGGACAGCAGCUCACCGCCGAUUUGUACAUCCCCACAACGGGUGUCCUACCCAACAGCAGCUUUAUCCCUCAGCAAUGGCUGGACACUGACGGCUGGGUGAAAGUGGACCAUGAGCUUCGCGUACAAGGCGGACAGAAUGCACCCUUGCCCGUCUACGCGGCAGGCGAUAUAACCAACAAUUCGAUGCGCCUCUCCUUCAAGGCCGCUGAGCAGGCUGUGGUUGUUGCUGCGAAUAUAAAGAACGACAUUCUUGGCUCAAAGUACAAGAGGCGGGUGUAUGAUCAAGGAGAUAGCAUCAUGAUGAUUGUCCCCGUCGGGGCGUCGGGUGGAACGGGGCAGCUGUUCGGUAUGACACCGUGGAGUUUCGUGGUCAAGGCGAUCAAGGGGAAGGACUUUUUUGUCUCCAAGGCCCCUUCGAUUAUUGGGGCAAGUUAA